UAUUAUAAACCAACCUCUAACAUGAUCAUCAGAAGGACUGCUGUUCCGAUGGACGUUUAAAUGUGUGAUCAUUAAUCACACAACUAUCAAGCGGAUUUCCUCAAGACCUAAAGUUGUUCCGGUGAUCGGUGGUUUUGUGGAGAGGAAGCAAAAAAUGACUCUGCAUCUGUAUGAACUGAGCAGCAAACUGCUCGGGGAAACAGUCGGGAAAGUGUCUGACAACCUGACCUCGGUGGUGCUGGCUGCCUCUGUCAUCACUCUCACCAUCGGUUACAUUACUAAACUGCUGCUUAAACAGUCCAACACCGACGAGCAUCUGAAAUACCCACCUUACAUUCCCUCCAGCAUCCCGUUCCUGGGUCAUGCCAUUGCUUUUGGGAAAAGUCCCAUUGAAUUUCUUGAAAAUGCCUAUGAAAAAUACGGCCCUGUGUUCAGUUUCACCAUGGUGGGGAGCACCUUCACUUACCUGCUGGGCAGUGACGCAGCCACGCUGAUGUUCAACAGCAAGAAUGAUGACCUGAACGCUGAGGACGUCUACUCCAGACUGACCACUCCAGUGUUUGGCAAAGGAGUCGCCUAUGAUGUCCCCAACCCUAUCUUUCUGGAACAGAAGAAGAUGUUGAAGACCGGACUAAACAUCGCUCAUUUUAAGGAACAUGUGAAAAUUAUCGAGGCAGAGACUGUAGAGUAUUUCCAGAGAUGGGGAGACAGCGGGGAGAGAAAUCUGUUCGAGGCUCUGUCUGAGUUGAUCAUCCUGACUGCCAGCAGCUGUCUUCAUGGGAAAGAGAUCCGCAGCAUGCUGAAUGAGAGAGUGGCUCAGCUUUAUGCCGACCUGGACGGAGGAUUCAGUCACGCUGCCUGGCUGCUCCCCGGCUGGCUGCCGCUGCCCAGCUUCAGGAAAAGGGACAGAGCACACAUAGAAAUCAAAAACAUCUUCUUCAAGGUGAUUCAAAAGCGCAGACAAUCUGGAGAGAAAGUAGACGAUAUCCUUCAGACCCUCAUCGACUCUACAUACAAAAACGGACAGCCCCUGAAUGAUAACGAGAUCGCGGGGAUGCUGAUCGGUCUCCUCCUGGCGGGUCAGCACACAUCGUCCACCACCAGCGCUUGGAUGGGUUUCUUCCUGGCCAGAGACAAAGACCUGCAGGAGCGCUGCUACGCUGAGCAGAGAGCCAUGUGUGGAGAAGACCUGCCUCCACUCGACCUCGACCAGCUGAAGGAUCUCAGCUUGUUGGAGCGCUGUUUGAAGGAGACUCUUCGCCUCCGCCCGCCCAUCAUGACCAUGAUGAGAAUGGCUCGCUCUCCUCAGACUGCAGCAGGCUACACCAUCCCUGUGGGCCACCAGGUCUGUGUCUCCCCGACUGUUAACCACCGUCUGCAGGACACGUGGGUGGAAAGGACAGAGUUCAACCCCGACCGCUACCUCAAUGACAACCCGGCUGCAGGGGAGAAGUUUGCCUACGUGCCCUUUGGAGCUGGCCGCCAUCGCUGCAUCGGGGAGAACUUUGCCUACGUCCAGAUCAAAACCAUCUGGUCUACUUUAGUGCGCAUGUACGACUUUGACCUGGUGGACGGAUAUUUCCCGACAAUCAACUACACCACAAUGAUUCACACGCCUCACAACCCGGUCAUCAGAUACAAGAGGAGGAAACAGUGAUGGAGAAUACUGGGAGGAGAAAAAAGACACAAAGAAGCAAACAAACAUCAACGUUUUGGAGAGAAGCUCGGAAUUUCUGGGACUUGAAUUGAGAAACAUUUAAGUGAAUGCACUUUGCUCUGCUUAAGUGUCUUAAACUUUUCCUUGUUUUUCUCAGAAUGUCAACAUGAUUCAGCGUUAUAAGGAUAUUAGAUCCUUCAUUGCUGAAAACUCACUAAGGAAGCUAGAACGACACUUGAAGAGCACAGACCUCUGAUAACAGUCCAGACGUCUUUGGUAUCAAUAUAUGCAAGUGCAACCACUAUAUAGAUGUCCACUUGUUAGGCCUGGGCGAUAUGGCCUAAAAAUAAAAUCAAGAUUUUUUCACACACAAACCAAAUAACUGUUGUACUUCUGGAUAGCAGGCGGUGUGAGCGAGGAUACCAAAUCAACAACCAGGUUGCAGUUUUCUCAGUUGAAACAGAAAUGUAUCCGAACAGAAAAAAACUCUCUCCUCACAGCCUUCUCAAAAAUGACACACAUCCACCAGUUUACUGAUGUCACACACAUUAAAUAUCCUGUUACCUGUCCUCGUGGGCCAAUCAGAGAGGAGCGCUGUAAUCAGUGCCAGAUUGACUGCAGGUGUAAUCAAUCUCACCUCCCAAUGGAGUGAAUGAGAUUUAAACAUGAUUGAACAAAAGACAAAAAAAUGUCCAAACUUCCCAAACAAACGCAUACAAAACAUUCAACAUGAUACAUGACGUAAACAUUCUGUUUGCUUUCACUUUCACUUUAACUAAGAAAAAAAACAAGUUCAAUUCAUGAAUUAGUUCUAGUCACUUCAAAGUCAUAAUAACCAAAAUGACUUACAUCUUUCUACAUAAACAUUGAUAUUCCUCUCGGCCUCAACAUCAACAUUUAUCAAAAUAAUCUUAAUUUUACCAUCGGAUGGUAUGCUUCAUAACGUAAUCGAUUUUUGAUUUGAUCAAUAGAAGUUAGCAAAAUCAAACUGACUUCCCCUUUAAGAAUUCAUAAAGUAACCAGACUUUCUCUUUAGGGGUUAAAGGUUAAAGUGCACUAUGCAGUUUCAGGGAACAGCAAAAGUAGAGAUGAGUUGGAGCAAUUUCAGUUAACACAUACCUGGGAUCACCCAGCCUCUCUGAAAGGGGAGGAUGGGAACCACAGGAACCCACAGGAGCAGCACAGUUGAAGAUUUUACACAAACCUGGUUUAUUGAUCAAAUUGAUUUAUUACUUAUAUUAGAUGGAUUUUGAUUGCUUGUUGGAUGUGAUCUGAUUCUACCCUGGGUUCAUGCUACAGCCUUUCACCAAGUUGCAUGACAUUCGGCCAGUAGAUUUCUCUUAAUUGUAGUAACAAACAAAUUAAUGGAACCAAAAACUGAUUUUUUUUGGUAGGAAGAUAUUAAAAGCAAAACAGUAUCCACGGGAUAAGCCCACGGUGCAGCUGAGGGUCAUCAGGUUUUGUGGGAUGUUACGAC